UCACAUCAUAAUGAAGACACUGAUAGUGGUGAUGUUGGUGGAGUAGUGCUCGAGCAGUCAACUGGUGGGUGGACUGAUGAGACAACACCUGCGUUGGAGCCAUUGGUCGAGACAUCUGCAGCGUCAGAGCAGCUUCAUGCCAAGAUGUUCUAUCGUCCGCCUAUCUUUCGUGACAAUGAUAACAAGAUGCGAUACAUUACAUUGGGUUGGGGCAUCCUGACCAUGCUGAUAUCAGGCACACUCUAUGGCUUCAGUGUCAUCUCCAACAACGUCAAGACUCAACUACACUUUGAUCAAACCGAAAUCAACACCUCAAUAUCUCUUGGAGAUGUUGGAAUAUACCUUGGAGUCACAGUCGGAUACUUGUUUGAUUUAUAUGGCCCUUUCUAUACUUCAUUGAUCGCAGCAGUCUACUACAUCAUUGGAUACUUUGGCUUCUAUCUUAUGCUGGUGGACCGUUUCCCCUCCAACCCAUACUUGCUCAGCUUCUUCUUGUUCAUGGUGGGUCAGGCAUCACAUGCCUCAUUCACAGCGGCAAUCAUCUCCAACAUCCACAACUUCUCAUUGAAACACCGUGGCAAGAUCAGUGGUGGCCUUGUCGGUCUGUUUGCCACAUCUUCCGGCAUGUUUGGCAUCAUCUAUCGCAACACAUUUGGCGUUCACAAGGAUGUCCAAGGAUACAUUCUCUUCCUCUCCAUUCUCUGUUCCAUCGUCUCAUUCCUAGGUGCAUUCCUUCUUCGAUACAUUGAGGACUUGACAGCAUCUACUUCAGGUACCAAUAAUACAAACUAUAAUCUAUUGACAAAGGAGGAUGUAGAGGAGUCACCAAUACUGAAAGAGGACACAACUGACGAUGCCAACAGUCCAAACUAUCUUGAUGGCAAGCGAGACAUAAGUGGACGUAACCUUCUAAAGACUUCAGAAUUCUGGUUGAUGUUCACCAUCUACUUCUUUGUUGCAGGAUGUGGCUUGAUGUUCCUCAACAACAUUGGAUCAGUUGGCAAGUCUUUAAAUAAGAAAGAGAACUUACGAACUGACUUGGUGAUUGUGUUUGCAGCUUGCAACCUCACUGGAAGAUCUACAUUUGGUCUGAUGUCUGAUUUAUUCUCAAGGAAGAUAUCAAGGUUCUGGUUCCUAUUCUUUUCAGCCACCAUAAUAUCAAUCACUCACAUGUUCUAUGCCUUCCACACCGAUUCACUCUACAUUGUGGCCACCAUAUUCACCGGUAUUGGCUACGGUGGUCUAGUCUCCACCAUGGUCCUACUCACCAGUCUUCGCUUUGGUGUUCGCAACUUUGGACUUAACUUUGGAUUGUUGGCCAUUGCCUCUGCGGCUGGAUCAUUGACAUUUGGAUACAUUAGUGGAGAGUUGUAUGAUUCAAAGGCUGACGAGACUAAUGAUCAGUGCUUUGGCGAGCAAUGCUUCUUCCAUUCAUUCCUACUCAGUGCCUUCUGUAAUGCCUUUGCUGCAUGUAUAGUACUCUAUUUAAUCUUUAAAUCAAGGAGAAAGUCCUUUGCU